GUCAGGGAGGAGGCGGAGUCAGGGGGGGAGGGGCUGUCCCUGACUCCGCCUCCCGCCGAGGCCACAGGGCCCCGGCUCUCCGCGACCAUCCCCAGGCCGAGUUUCCUGGUCUCGGCUCCUCGUCCAACCUCCUCCUGCACUUCUUCAGCCUCCACCGCCGCCGCCGCCGCCGCCUCGUCUACGUCCACCUCGUUCUCCUCAUUAGUUGACCACCACCACCACCAUCAUCAUCGUCCAGCGUCACCCCCUAGCGCGUCCACGUCAACUCCACCUCCACCUCGUUGCAGCUAAGUCCGACCUCCGACCUCGUCCGCAGCCUUCCUCGUCGACUCCAACUCCAACCUCGUCUACCCCCCCCCCCCCCCUGCUGCUCACAGCACUCGCCCCCUCGCUCCCUCGGAGGGACCCCCAGGGCCCCCUCGCCCCCUCGGGGACCUCUGCGAGAGUGCCCCCCCCCCCCCAGCUCCCCCCUUACAGAGGGACUCCACUCCCCCUUUCUGGGGGUCCCCGCCCCGGCGACUCUUCAUGGUCCCCCGCUUAGGGGGGGGGGGUGACCUUUUUUUCAUCCUAGAGACCCCCCAAAACUAGGGACCCCGGUUCGCUCCCUCCUACCCCCCCCCCCCCGGCUUAGGGGAUCGCUUGAAGAUCGGGGGACCGCUUCUCGACCCCCGGGUGCUACUCACAGAGACCCCCUUCGGUUAGCCGGGGUCCCCUAGGACCUGAGGCCCCCCCCCCCCCACUCGGGAGCCAUGAGGCGGAUCCCCGACGGACCCCUGUGGGCCUGCGGGGUCCCGCGGGCUCGCUGGGUCCCUCUGCUGCUGCUGCUGGUCGUGAUCCCACACUCGCUGGGGUCCCGAGCAGAGAAGGACCUGUCGCGCAUGCUGCACCACUACAGCCUGCUCUCGCUGGGGGAGCUCACACACUCCGUGUCCCGCCGAGCCCUGGGGGCUCCGGCUUCCCUGGAGAGAUACCUCACCUUUUCGGCCCUCGACAGGGAUUUCCGUCUCCUGCUCAUUCCCAACGGCGUGCUCUUCACGCCGACGUUCCGUGCCGAGUUGUGGGGGGUGGGCGGUCGGGUGAGGAGCAUCCCCGUCGACACGCACUCCUUCUACAGCGGAUCCGUGCUCGGUGAGCAGGGUUCGCGAGUACAGGCCCACUUGGACCACGAUGAUUUCACAGCGCGGAUCAUCAGCCAAGGCCAAGAAUACCACGUGGAGCCCCUGUGGAGGCUGACGAACGGCACGGCGGCCGAUGGCCGCCUGGUGGUCUACCGAAGCGUGGACGUGCGGCCCCCGGCCGGGCCCCUGUCGGCCGGGGCGGCCCCACCGCCGCACCGCUUCUGCGGCAUCACCAGCCCGGGGGGGCCGGCCGCGGGGGGGGGGGGGGGCCCCCCGAGGGCACGCCGCUCCCCCGACCCCGCGGCCCCCAGGGACACGUGCAAGCUGCUGCUGGUGGCCGACUUCCGCUUCUUCACUCACAUGGGGCGCAGCCAGGAGAGCAGCACCGUCAACUAUCUCAUUGAGCUGAUUGACCGAGUGGAUGACAUUUACCGCAUCACCACGUGGGACAACAACAACUACCGUGGCUACGGACUACAGAUCGAUCAGAUAAUCGUCCACCAGAAGCCGACGGCCGUGAGCUCCAGCAAGCGCCACUACAACAUGAACGGCACGAGUCCGCCGGGCGCCGCCGCGUGGAACGUCAAGGCCCUGCUCGAGCAAUUCAGCAUCGACGUAUCGGAGAGCGCGCGCAACGUGUGCCUGGCGCACCUCUUCACGUACCAGGACUUCAGCCAGGGCACGCUGGGCCUCGCCUACGUGGGCUCGCCCAAGCCCAACGCCGUGGGAGGCAUCUGCACGCCCAGCUACUUUAACGAACAAGCCAAAAAAUACAUCUUCCUGAACACCGGGCUCACCAGCACCAUGAACUAUGGGAAGACCAUCCUCACCAAGGAGGCAGACUUGGUGACCACCCACGAGUUCGGGCACAACUUUGGGGCGGAGCACGACCCCGACAGCGCGGAGUGCUCCGCCCCGGACGAAGCCGGAGGGAAGUUCGUCAUGUAUCCCUACGCCGUGAGCGGGGACCACGAGAACAACAAGAUGUUCUCCAACUGCAGCAAGCGCGCCAUCCACAAGACGCUGGAGGCGAAGGCGUCGCGCUGCUUCUUCCCGCGCACGGUGAAGCUGUGCGGGAACUCUCGCGUGGAGGAGGGCGAGCAGUGUGACGCGGGCCCCGCCUUUGCGCACAUUGACGCCUGCUGCACCGACACCUGCAAGCUGCGCCCGGGGAAGUUGUGCAGUGACCGUAACUCCCCGUGCUGCCGGAACUGCACGUACGAGCAAGCGGGCAAGCUGUGCCAGGAACCCAUCCCCUCCAUCUGCCGCAGCGCCUCCUUCUGCACAGGCGUGAGCAGCGAGUGCCCCCCGGCGGGUCCCGCCGACGACAACUCGACGUGCGUGGACUCGGGCAAGUGCGACGGGGGCCAAUGCAAGCCGUUCUGCGAGACCGUGGGCCUGCAGUCCUGCGCCUGCAAGGAGGUGGACCUGGCGUGCUCCGUGUGCUGCCGCGUCACUCCGGACGGGCCGUGCGUGCUCUACGAGCAGGACGGAGGCCGCAAGCGUCUCCGCAAGGGCAAGACCUGCUCCGUGGGAUUCUGCGAUGGCAACGGAAAGUGUGAGAAGACCGUGCAGGAUCCCAUCGAGAGGUUCUGGGUCUUCAUCGACAAACUCGACAUCAACAGCUUCCGCAAGUUCCUGGCGGACAACAUCGUGGGCUCCGUGCUCGUGUUCUCCCUCAUCUGCUGGGUUCCACUCAGCAUCCUCGUGCACUGCGUGGACAAGAAACUCGACCGCCAGUUUGAGGAAAGCAAGGUCAUGCACUUCCUGCCGGCGAGCACCGCGGAGCUGAACAGCAGCGACUCGGCCCCUUUCCGCGUCGUCCGGCGAAACUGCAUCCAGACCCCGCAGAGCCGCGCGCCGGGGGCCCCCUACUACGGCUACGGGGGGGGCGGCGCCCCCCACCACCCCCACGGCUACGGGGGGCCGCCCCCGCAGGCACGGCCCCCUCUGCAGCUGUCGCCCGCGGAGAUGCAGACGAUCCCCGAGGAUCCCGGGGCGGAAGGGUCUCAGGGGUCUCAGACGGAGGGGACCCGCGCCCGCUCGUACGAGGACCUCACGGACGGUGGGGAUCCCCGCGGGGGGUCCCGCGGGGGGGCCCACCGGGGGUCCCACGGGGGGGCCCACCGGGGGUCCCACGGGGGGGCCAUGGUGGGCAGGUGUGAUAGCAGCGACCGGGAGACUAAGUGCUGAGUGGGGGGGGUGACGAGCGCCCUGCUGGUAAACUCCCUGACUCACUACCAGCAGUACUCACUCACUACCAGCAGUACUGACUCACUCACUACAGUACUCACUCACUACCUACAGUACUCACUACAGUACUCACUACAGUA